CAUCAUUAAGCUAAAAUUCCUUCAAUAACCUAACACCCCCUCACGACCCCCCAAGAAAAAGGAGGAAAAUUUGAUAUUCCCGUGUGGCACACUUGGCUGGUGACAGUUCACACUUCACCGCCGACGCCAACUGUCCCCAGGACUAGUUCGUUGGUGAGGCGCACAUCAGAAAAAUAUAAAAACGGAAAUCGCGAACGGAGAACUAAAAGCACUUUUCCUACAAAUCCGUCGCGUAUAUAGCAAAUUGCUGUACAGAAAAGCACUUCUUAGAAGCUGGCAAUGGAUUUGAAAACGCAGCCGUUGAGGUUCACACUGGGGAAGCAGUCGUCGCUGGCGCCGGAGCGUGAGCGGGAGAAGCACGUGGGUGAGGAGGAUGAUCCGGAGGGGAUCGAUCCCCGAGUGAAGCUAAUGUAUUUGGCCAAUGAAGCUGAUUUGGAUGGGAUUAACGAGCUUCUGGAUUCGGGACUGGAUGUGAAUUUCAGGGACAUCGACGAUCGGACGGCUCUCCAUGUCGCCGCGUGCCAGGGGCUCACCAACGUCGUUUCGCUGCUGCUCGACCGCGGUGCUGACGUUGACCCCAAAGACCGAUGGGGGAGUACCCCUCUUUCAGAUGCUAUUUACUAUAAAAACCAUGACGUGAUCAAGCUUCUGGAAAAGCGUGGGGCAAAGCCUCUGAUGGCUCCCAUGCACGUUAGGCAUGCCAGAGAAGUCCCAGAGUAUGAAAUUGAUCCCAAAGAACUGGACUUUACCAACAGUGGUGAAAUUACCAAGGGAACAUACCGUACUGCAUCCUGGCGGGGAAUACAGGUUGCAGUUAAAAUGCUCGCGGAGGAAGUGCUUGUUGAUGAGGAUAAAGUGAAGGCAUUCAGGGAUGAGCUUGCAUUGCUUCAAAAGAUACGACAUCCAAAUGUAGUCCAAUUUUUGGGUGCAGUGACUCAAAGCAGUCCAAUGAUGAUUGUAACAGAAUAUUUGCCUAAGGGAGACCUUCGUGCAUUUUUGAAAACAAGAGGAGCACUAAAACCAAUUACAGCUGUAAAACUUGCACUCGAUAUUGCAAGGGGAAUGAGUUAUUUGCAUGAGAAUAAGCCAGAAGCUAUAAUUCAUCGGGAUCUUGAGCCUUCGAACAUAUUGCGGGAUGAUUCCGGGCACCUGAAAGUUGCAGAUUUUGGAGUUAGCAAGUUGCUGACAGUUAAAGAGGAUAGGCCUUUGAUUUGUCAAGACACUUCAUGUCGAUACAUAGCUCCUGAGGUUUUCAAGAACGAAGAAUAUGAUACCAAAGUGGAUGUAUUCUCUUUUGCUCUAAUUCUACAAGAGAUGAUAGAAAACUGCCUACCAUUUGCUGCCCAGCAAGAUAAUGAAGUUCCAAAAGCAUAUGUUGCAAAAGAGCGCCCACCUUUUAGAGCUCCAGAAAAGCUUUAUAGACAUGGUCUUAGAGAGUUGAUUGAGGAGUGCUGGAACGAGAAUCCAGCUAAAAGACCUGCAUUUAGGCAAAUAAUAUUAAGGCUGGAAUUUAUUUAUAACACUCUUGGUCAGAAAAGUCAAUGGAAGGUUAGACCGUUGCAAUGCUUUCAAAACUUUGAAGCCAUGUUUCGGAAAGAUCGUUCUGGUCGAGGCAGCAGAAGUCGUUCGUCACGUUCUACCAGCAGCAUAUAAAACAGGAACCGUUUCUGCAUUUGUGUUAACAGCCUGCCAGCCGUAGUUUCUCAUUCCAACUUGGUGACAAAAAAAGCUUAUUGUCAAGACAGCAGAGAAUCGCCUUCUGACAACAUUUUUCGCAUGUAACCACAUUUUUAUGUAUCAUAUAUAUUCAUAUAUGUUUCCAAGAAUUUUUUUGCGUUCCAUCACCAUGGGUCGUGGCAAUGAUAAUCCAGUCAUCUUCGUGCUCAUGCCGAGCUUUUGAGUUUGUAAGAUAGAUAGGUUGCUUGUAACUUUGUAAGCAUUAAGUAAACUUUUGAUGAUGAAUGAUAUUAUUUGAAUUGAUUUAGGCCAAAGUUUACUUGA